AUGCACGGUGUACAAUUAGAGGAAUUUGCUGAAUGGCUGCUUCAAAUUGGCGACGGGUUACUCGGAGACAGCACCGAUGGCGAAUCAGUGAUUAGAAUACACGACAACUUGCUGUUGGAUAUUGAGUCUCCAUGUCUGCAUGAUCUGGUGUUGUUCGUUUAUCGUGACAUUUUACUCCAUUCUUCUAGCGUGGAUUAUUUUAAGGGUAGGAGUAUAUUAGCACCAACACUUGAUGUUGUAACUGAAGUAAACAAUCAUGUGGUGCCUUUGAUCCCUGGCAGCGAGAGAGUUUACUUGAGCUCUGAUACAUUAAUUAAUGAAGAUGGUCAUCUGGAAUCUGAAUUAUACACAAUGAGCACGGAGUCAUUGAAUGCAUUGAAUUGUUCAGGAAUUCCCCAACACCGGUUAGUUCUUAAAAUUGGUGUUCCUGUGAUGCUUCUUCGCAACAUUGACCAAUCCAAUGGACUAUACAACGGUACGCAAAUGCAGGUUAGACGUCUUGGCGACCACAUCAUUGAGUGCAUCAUAUUAGCAGGUCGUAAUACUGGUGAGGUUGUCUUUAUUCCCAAGAUGAACAUGUCUCCUAAUAAUGAGACAUUACCCAUCAGGUUUACUCGACGACAGUUUCCGGUUGAGCUUUGCUUUGCGAUGACCAUAAACAAGUCUCAAAGACAAACGCUGUCAACUGUUGGCAUGUAUCUUCCAAGACCUGUUUUUACUCAUGGUCAGCUUUAUGUUGCGCUCUCUCGGGUCAGCAUACAUUCUGGACUGAAGAUAUUAUCUGUUGGUUCUAACGGCACAGCUUCAGAUCAUACUAUUAAUGUUGUCUAUAGAAAAAUUUUUCCUAACUUGCUACCUAACAUUUUGCCUUGA